UUGCAUUUGUACGCGUGCGAGACACUAAUCAACCAAUUCGACCCACAAAAUCAUUUAGGCUACGAGUUCUCAUCUUCACUACCAUUCCAAAUCCUUAUCGCAAAAUCCGAUCAAACCUCUCAAUGCUGCAAAGUCACAUACUUCUGCUCUCUCAUGGCGACCCUCUUUCACUUCCCGUGCUUCCUCUCGCUUUAUUAUCGUAACCUCUUGUUGGCCCCACAACAACAACAGCAGCUGCAGCAACAACACAAGCUAAACUGGGCCACCCAUGAACCACCUCCUCGCAAAAAAUUUAUAUUCUGUGCUUGUUCAACUAAGAAAUCCACCAGGGGGAGUAGAAAAGUGAAGAGCAAUGCCGAGCUGUGCAAUGACAUACGGGAAUUUGUUACUGCGCUCGGACUUCCAGAGGAUCACGUGCCGUCGAUGAAGGAGCUUUCGCAGCAUGGAAGGAAGGACCUUGCAAAUAUUGUUAGACGGAGAGGAUAUAAACUGAUUAGAGAGCUUGUUUCCAAUUCAACAAAAUCAGACAGUGAUGGGCCGAAUCCAAAGAAAAGCUUAGAUAGGAAUCAAGAUGAAAUCGGUGAUCAUGAACAUAUAUUAACAGGCCAGGACAAGAACGUUAACAAUGCAGUCUCCUCAUCAACUGAUGUCUCCAUUGUGAGGAACUAUUCUGAUGGUUUAAGUAGUGAUUCGGAUUUCAACUCUGAUGACUUUAGGGGCCUGACUGUAGAAUCUUCAGCCAAUUCGUUAUUUGAGGGAAAGGUAUCAUAUAAACUAAGAGGUCACAAUAAGAAGGUAAACGAUGAGGCUGAAGAUGUUUCCAUGUCAAAUGAAGUAUCCGCCAAAGAAAGCAGUCCAAGCAUCAAUCAACAUCUGAACAGUGACGACCACAGCAGGAUGCCUAUAGGCUCUUCAGUAAAUUCCAUCCUGGAGGAGAAGCCUUCAUCUAAUCUACAAGUUCAGGAUGAGAAGGUGAACGAUAUGGUUGGAGAAUCUUCUGCCGUUUUGUCCAUGGAGGCGAGACCCUCGCAUAGUUUGGUAGAUCAGCACAAGAAGACUAAGAAUGCCAACUCUGGUGAUGACAGCUGCAUGCCGAAAGAAACAUCAGCCAACUCAUCCUUUGAGGACAAAGUGGCUAGGUUUAUUCAGAAUGGAGAACUGGAUAUGAUUGAUGAUAUUUCCUAUGGGGAAAGUGGCAAUGAAGAAAGGAAGAAAUUUGUCCAACCACAGAAUUUUUCAGUGCCCCCUGGUGAAGAGCACUCUGAACAUAUGCGUAAUGGAGGUAAUGCUGCUGUGACAUUAAAUGACCAAAUUUUGACGUCCAAGCAUGUUGCUCCUGAUGUUAUAGUAGGAACUCAGUCUUUAAGGGAUGAUCUGUUGUCAUCUGAAGAAUUAAUGACUGCUGAGUUGGACAGAGAUUUGGACACACAGAGUGGCAUAAGAGAGAAGCAAGCUCAGAUUAACCAGCUCAGAUUCAUGCUGCAUCAGAAGGAGUUGGAACUGUCACGGUUGAAAGAACGGGUCAAGAAGGAAAAGCAUGCCUUAUCUGAUUUGCAAACCAAGGCUGAAACUGAAAUCAGCAAGGCCCAAAAGCUUAUCUCGGAAAAGGAUGCAGAAUUACAAGCAACUGAAGAAAGCCUUUCAGGACUGAAAGAGGUUCAAAUUCAAUUCCACGGGGAUGGUGAAAUUGUGGAGGUGUCAGGUAGCUUCAAUGGUUGGCAUCAUCACAUUAAAUUGGAUCCACAGCCACCAUGUAGUACCAUGGGCCCUGUGACAUCAAGGCAAUCCAGACUUUGGGCAACAGCCCUGUGGCUUUAUCCUGGGAUAUAUGAGAUAAAAUUCAUUGUUGAUGGCCACUGGAAGAUUGAUCCUUUAAGAGAGUCAGUUACAAUGGGUAACAUAUGUAACAAUGUCCUCCGAGUUGAAAACUGAUACAGUUUUGGCUGUGAUGAUAUCCUUGCCAUCCAGUUUCUCAUCAGUGUACAGAAAAUAAGGACGCAUUGUCAAUACGUUAGGUGGCAUCGAAGAAAGAUCAAGCUCACCAUGUAGGUAAAAGAAAUGGAGUGAGGUCUGGAAGACCUUGUAGAUAUACUGUUGAUAGCGUUAUCUUGUACCAACACUAGACUUUUAGCCUAUGCUGCACAAUCGCAAUGUGUAGUUGCCAUGUCCCAUUUUCUUUUUAUUUUUUUCAUAUUCACUUGGUAAGGCAGCAUAUGAUUCUGCAAGCAAUCAGGUGCUUUGAUCUGAAAUCUGUACUGUAUGAAAGUUUAGAUCAAUUGCUGCUUUGAAUGAAUAUGGAAGUCAAAUUCCGUGGUGAUA